AUGUCGAGCACUCGAGCUCGCGCAAAGUGCCCGCGCUGGGGCGCGCUUCCUACGCCCAACAGCAGCAGCAGCCCAAGGGGACCUGUCGCAGUCGAGGCCUCUCCAAUCAUCUCAGCCCCGACUUCCAGGAGGAGGAGACGCUCCAUCCUGAGCUGCGCCGCGACGCUCAUGGAGGGAGCGACCCAGCGACAGCGACUCGACGCUGCUGGUGAGCGACCGCACCAGCGCGCCGUCCCGCCAACCACAAAGGGCGGCGCGGGCGAACGCCGCGGCAGCCGCGACCGCGGCGACCAGCAACAGCAGCAGCAGCAACCGGAUCGUCAUCCAAGUGAAGGGCGCCGAGGCGGAGACGGCGCGGCGGCAGCGGCGCGGGGACGUGGCGGCCAGCGGCGCGGCGCCAAGCGGGUGAGUGGGCGAGCGGCGCCCCACGAGCUGGACCUCCUCCCCCCGGGCGGCCUCGCGGCGCAGGCGCAGGCGAGAUCGCCGGCCAGCCUUAGUUCAGGGAACGCCACUCCUGAGCUGGUGGGGUAUCAGAAUAUUCAACUGUGUUUGUUAACCAAUAGGGGCUGCCGGCGAUCUCGCCUGCGCCUGCGCCGCGAGGCCGCCGGCGGAGGAGCGUCCAGCUUCGUGGGCGCCGCUCGCCCACUCCCACGCUGGCGCCCGCCCGCUGGCCGCCACGUCCCCGGCGGCCGCUGCCGCCGCCGCCGUCUCCGCUCGGCGCCCUUCACUUGGAUGACGAUCCGGUUUCUGCUGCUGCUUUGUGGUCGCCGCGGCGUCGCGGCUGCCGCGGCGUUCGCCCGCUGCCGCCCUUGUGGUUGGCGGGACGGCGCGCGUGGUGCGGUCGCUCACAGCAGCGUCGAGUCGCUGUCGCUGGGUCGCUCACCUCCAUGA